AUGUCAAGUGUAGGCGUAGCAGCUCCUCAGACAGUUUUGGAGAAGGAUUCAGCAUUUGAGCCACUUUUGAAGCCUGUUUACAAGGGCAAAAAGCUUACAGAUGAGAUCAAUACGGCAGAAGACAAGUGGAACCUGCUACCAGCCUUUCUCAAAGUGAAAGGUCUAGUCAAACAACAUUUGGACUCUUUCAAUUACUAUGUGGAUGUCGAUCUGAAAAAGAUCAUUAAAGCCAACCAACUGAUCCUCAGUGACGUGGAUCCGGAAUUUUACCUAAAAUAUGUGGACAUUAGAGUAGGCCACAAAUCCAGCUCGUCAUCCAAAGACUAUAUUGUUCCACCUCACGAAUGUCGACUCAGAGAUAUGACCUAUUCCGCUCCAGUGUACGUCGAUAUUGAGUACACCAGAGGUAGAAACAUCAUUAUGCAUCGAGAUGUGGAAAUUGGGAGGAUGCCAAUCAUGCUGCGUUCCAACAAGUGUGUGUUAAAUGGGGCUUCAGAAAGUGCGAUGGCAAAAAUUAAUGAGUGCCCCCUCGAUCCUGGUGGUUAUUUCAUUGUAAACGGAACUGAAAAGGUAAUUUUAAUCCAGGAACAAUUGUCCAAAAAUCGUAUAAUUGUUGAGGCUGACGAAAAGAAAGCCAUUGUACAAGCUUCAGUCACCUCUUCAACUCACGAAAGAAAAUCGAAAACCUAUGUGAUUACCAAGAAUGAAAAGAUUUAUCUUAAGCACAAUUCUAUCGCAGAAGAAGUUCCCAUCGUGCUAGUGCUAAAAGCGUGUGGUGUUGUAUCAGAUCUUGAAAUCAUGCAGCUGGUGUGUGGUAAUGAUAGCAGUUACCAAGACAUUUUCGCCAUCAACUUUGAAGAAGUUGCGAAAAUGAAGAUCUACACCCAACAGCAGGCUUUGGAGUAUAUUGGCGCGAAAGUGAAAACCGUCAGACGUCAAAAAUUGACCAUUUUGCAAGAAGGUAUCGAGGCCAUAGCUACCACUGUAAUUGCUCAUUUGACAGUCGAAGCAUUGGAUUUCAGAGAAAAAGCUUUGUACAUCGCUGUGAUGACAAGAAGAGUAGUUAUGGCAAUUCAAAAUCCUAAAAUGGUUGACGACCGGGAUUAUGUCGGUAACAAGCGGCUGGAGUUGGCAGGUCAGUUAAUGUCUUUACUGUUUGAAGAUUUGUUCAAAAAAUUCAACAAUGACUUCAAGGCUAAUAUAGACAAGGUUUUGAAAAAGCCCAAUAGGGCAAUGGAGUACGAUGCAUUACUGUCCAUCAACGUGCAUUCUAAUAACAUCACAAGUGGUCUAAACAGAGCAAUCUCUACAGGUAAUUGGUCGCUGAAGAGAUUUAAGAUGGAAAGAGCGGGUGUAACUCACGUACUGAGUAGACUGUCCUACAUUUCAGCACUGGGCAUGAUGACAAGAAUUUCUUCCCAGUUCGAAAAGUCGCGUAAAGUCUCUGGACCAAGAGCACUACAACCAUCCCAAUUCGGAAUGUUAUGUACUUCCGAUACACCAGAAGGUGAAGCAUGUGGUCUAGUCAAAAAUUUGGCGCUUAUGACGCACAUCACGACCGAUGACGAAGAAGACCCGAUCAGGAAGCUAUGUUACUUGUUGGGUGUGGAGGAUAUCACGGUUGUAGAUAGUGAAUCUCUUCAUCUUAAUUACUGUGUCUAUCUGAACGGUACAAUUGUAGGCGUGAUAAGGUUUCCAACUAAGUUUGUUUCUCAUUUCAGAAACCUGAGGAGAUCUGGUAAAGUCUCAGACUUCAUCUCUAUUUAUGCUAACUCACAUCAAAAAGCUGUUCACAUAGCGACGGAUGGUGGUAGAGUAUGCCGACCUCUGAUCAUUGUCUCCGGUGGCAGUAAUACGGUUAAAGCUGACCAUUUACGAGCCCUACUUAAGGGCAAGCUUCAAUUCGAUGACUUUUUAAGACUGGGAUUGGUUGAAUAUUUGGAUGUGAAUGAGGAAAAUGACUCUUUUAUUGCCUUAUAUGAAAAAGACAUUGAAUCAAGAACAACACAUCUAGAAAUCGAACCUUUCACGGUUUUGGGAGCUGUGGCUGGCCUCAUUCCAUACCCACAUCAUAAUCAGUCUCCCCGUAAUACAUAUCAAUGCGCCAUGGGUAAGCAGGCAAUUGGUGCAAUUGCCUACAAUCAAUUCAAGAGAAUUGAUACCUUACUUUACCUCAUGAUUUACCCACAACAACCAAUGGUUAAAACGAAAACUAUCGAACUUAUAGACUACGAUAAGAUCCCUGCAGGCCAAAAUGCAACUGUUGCGGUGAUGUCAUACUCUGGUUACGAUAUUGAGGAUGCUUUAGUACUCAACAAGUCAUCAAUUGACAGGGGUUUCGGUCGCUGCGAAACGAGACGGAAACUAACAACCGUUUUAAAGAGAUACCCUAAUCACACUCAAGACAUGGUUGGUGGUAUGAGAGUCGACGAAAGUGGUGAACCUAUAUGGCAACACAAACCUCUCGGCCCAGAUGGCCUAGGAGAAGUCGGUAUGAGAGUUGAAAGUGGUCAAAUAUAUGUUAACAAAUCCGUCCCCACUAAUGCUUCCGAUAGCGUUUUAACACAAACCCAGGCCCAGUAUAGAGAAACUCCAGUUGUUUACAGAGCUCCUGAACCCUCUCACAUCGACCAAGUUAUGAUGUCUGUUUCUGAAAACGAUCAGGCCCUAAUUAAGGUGCUACUGAGACAGAAUAGAAGGCCCGAACUUGGUGAUAAAUUUUCUUCGAGACAUGGUCAAAAAGGUGUUUGUGGCAUCAUUGUGAAUCAUGAAGAUUUGCCGUUCAGUGACCAAGGUGUGGUACCCGACAUCAUCAUGAAUCCCCAUGGUUUUCCAUCUCGUAUGACGGUUGGUAAAAUGAUUGAAUUAAUUUCAGGGAAAGCUGGUGUUUUUAACGGGACCUUGGAGUACGGUACUUGUUUCGGCGGUUCUAAGUUGGAGGAUAUGUCGAGCAUUUUGGUGAACAAUGGCUUCAGCUAUUCAGGUAAAGAUAUGUUGUACUCUGGUAUCACUGGCGAGUGUCUUCAGGCAUACAUUUUCUUUGGCCCCAUCUAUUACCAAAAAUUGAAACACAUGGUUCUUGACAAGAUGCAUGCCAGGGCAAGAGGCCCCAGAGCAGUUCUUACUCGUCAACCUACGGAGGGUAGAUCUCGUGAUGGUGGUUUAAGACUAGGGGAAAUGGAAAGAGAUUGUGUUAUUGCAUAUGGUGCUUCCCAACUAUUACUGGAGAGAUUGAUGAUAAGUUCGGAUGCAUUUGAAGUGGAUGUUUGCAACCAAUGUGGGUUGAUGGGUUAUAGCGGGUGGUGCACCACUUGCAAGAGUGCAGAACACAUCAUCAAAAUGACAAUUCCAUAUGCUGCCAAAUUAUUAUUCCAGGAACUUUUAUCGAUGAAUAUUGCUCCUAGAUUGAAGCUCGAGGAUGUAUUUGAACAGUGA